CAGCUGCUGCUGCUGCUUCGCUCUGAACGUCACCGCGGCGAUGGACAGUCUGAAGCUGUUCGUCGUCUUUCUCACUGCAGCCGCCGUUUUCGGUGUACUUUCCAUAAUAUUCGUACUACGAUGGGUUCUACACUUCAAAGAAGGCUUAGGCUGGGACGGAGGACCGGCCGAAUUCAACUGGCAUCCGGUUUUAAUCGUUACAGGCUUUAUUUUCUUGCAAGGAAUCGCUAUCAUUGUCUACAGGCUCCCCUGGACGUGGCAGUGCAGCAAACUUAUGAUGAAGUUCAUCCAUGCGGGUUUGAAUCUACUGGCCUUCGUUUUUGCCGUCAUAGCCCUGAUAGCAGUGUUCGAUUUCCACAAUGCUGCCAAGAUCCCCAACAUGUAUAGUCUGCACAGCUGGCUGGGCCUGUUAGCUGUAAUACUGUACGUGCUACAGCUUGUUCUAGGAGUUGGCAUGUACUUGAUACCCAUUACACCUGCAUCCUGGAGAGCAGCGUUUAUGCCCGUCCAUGUCUACAGUGGUCUUUCACUCUUUGCCUGUGUUAUAGCCGUGGCCCUCAUGGGCAUCACUGAGAAACUCAUUUUUGGCCUAAAAGACCCAAAGUAUAAAGACUCUCCCCCAGAGGCUGUUUUUGUCAACAUUCUGGGAGUCCUCCUAGUGGUUUUUGGAGCUCUAAUCCUGUGGAUUGCCACUCGAUCAUCUUGGAAACGCCCCAGUGAUCACAGCGUGCACACACUGCAUACCAACGAGGGAGGGGAGGACAACACCAAAACUGGGCCAGAACUUUCGCAACUCUCUGAAGGAGCAGAAGCUAGCGGGGAUGUUAGGAAGAGGAGCAAUAAGUCAGAUGAGCUGGAUAACUGAUAUAUUGUAACAAACUUGCAGCUUGUUCUUUUCAUCUGGGACUAAAAUAAUGCCCAUUAGAGCACAUUCCCCUGUCAAGGGUCAGCUAUUUGCCAGAUCUGGAAUUUGUGGACAGUCAUAAGCGCCACUCAUUCCCUCCAACAUUAACAAGAUUUGUAUGUAUGUUUAUACAACCACCAUAUCCACAAAGUUUCAUAAAAUGUCUCUUACUUAACCAACUGGUGAAUUUAUAGCAUGAUUUGUGUUUUUUUUUUUUUUUUUUUUUAUACAUCCUGUGGUGUCUUCAUAUGCUGGCUUUUUGAUUUCAGUUUUUGCCUUCUGCUUUUAUUGUAAGCACAUGUAAAUAAUGGCAUUUCAGUGAUAUUCAGAUGACACUUUAAUUGACAUACACUGCACUGUUAUUCAUGUCAGAUUGUUAUGGAUCACCAAAUCCUCUGUAUUAUAUCUCAGAUUUUCAAAUGUAUGUCAUGAAACAUAUCUUCCAAUAAAUAUUUGCAACUUGCAUUA